CAAAUCGAAUCUGGUAAUGAGCUGACGUGGUUCACGAUUAAUCAGCAGACAGGUCUGGUCACAACUCGGAUGCCACUGGACCGCGAGCAAGUUGACCAAGUUGUCCUUAACGUCUCAGUCCUGAAUGUUAAUGGGGGAGGCGGAACUACCUCGGGGCCAACCAAGAGUUUCGCAACAAUCAAAGUUAUAAUUCUAGACGUGAACGACAACAGUCCGGCUUUUUGGAACCUUCCGAACAGCAUAGAGGUAAAAGAAGACGAGUUAGUUGGUCAGCUGCUGGUUACAGUUAAUGCCUCAGAUUCAGAUGAAGGACUGAAUGGGAGAGUGACGAUGCAAAUAGUCCAGGAAAACUCAGAUAUUUCAGGACCGUCUGAAAUGUUCGAGUUAGAUUCCACAUCUGGUGAAUUGAGAUUGACGGCUAGCUUGGACCGGGAGGAAGUCGACUCUUUCGUGGUCACGAUUGAAGCCAAGGAUGAGGGCGAAGGAAACGCAAAAACUACAACAGGAUUCUUGACCAUCAAUGUAAUUGACGUCAAUGACAACGCCCCGAAGUUCUACCCGGAAUUAUACUACGUUUCAAUCCCAAGCGAAUCAGUCGAACAAUCAGAAAUUGCCGCAGUUUCUGCUAGUGAUGAUGAUUUAAAUCACGAUAUCUAUAUUGAAUAUUCGAUCCUUUCUGGAAACGAAGCUGAACUCUAUGAAAUUGAUAGAAAAUCUGGUGCCAUUCGCUUCAUUGGAAACUCAGAAGACUUGACUCCCGGGUCUAAUUUUGUUCUGCGAGUGUCUGCGCGUGAUCAAAAUGGAACUGGCUUGAAAUCUUCUAACAACGCAACCGUCCACAUUGUAGUGUCUUCAGGCGAUAAUGAUGGCUCAAAAGUACAAUUCAUGUUUCAAGAAUACACUUUCUAUGUAUAUGAAAACACACUCUACCCAAUUAUUGGAAGUGUAAACCUCAAAAUCCCUCGUGACGGAACAAUCGAGAGUAAUGACAUUGAAUUUAGCAUUUCUCAGGGAGACCCGGGAAAUUUGUUCGUGAUAGAUCGAAAAACCGGACUGUUGGGUCUGAACGACCAAAGGCGUCUAAAUUUUGAGAUAAUGUCAAAGUUCUUUCUGAAAGUUAGUUGUCGCUUGAACGAUACUGUGCUGACAACUAAUGUCUCAGUUCACGUCAUGGAUAAAAACGAUCACGCGCCCGCAUGGCCUAGCAAUGUGAUAUCAGUUGGUGUGUCCGAGCUAGCACUGCCCAAUAGUGUCAUAGCUACUUUAGGAGCAACAGAUGAAGAUUCAAAAAAUCAAGUAUUUUUUGAGCUGGUGGAAGACCAUAGUAACAUGUUCUAUGUGUCUGGACAACAACUGAAAAAUGUGAAAUCACUAAUUGAUUACGUCGAUCAGACUCUAGUGGUGAAGGUUUCUGCUUAUGACAAUGGGGUUCCCUCUUACAGCUCGUUAGUGACUUACAAUAUCCAUGUUCUGGAUGAAAAUGACAUUGCACCUGUUUUCAACACUCCUUUGCUCCCUGAUGAUCCAGAAAAAGCCUUUGAUGACGACAGGUUUAUCUUUGAAAUAUCAGAAUGGACGCCAGUUGGAAGCAUAAUUUUUAUUUUGAACGUUACGGAUGGUGACUACAGAAAGAACUCGGCAAUUAGCUUCUCUCUGCAGCUCGAGAGAACCAUUCCACCGUCGAAUACAAGGAAAAGCCCUUUUGGAGUUUUCCCGAAUGGACAUUUCUACCUCGCACAAUCAGUGGAAGACGAAAAUUUGAGGUUUGACUUUUAUGAAGUCAAUGUGGUGGCCGAGGAUAAUGGAGUUCCUGGCAAAAGGACGACGCAAAAAGUGGUGAUACAGAUUUUGGAUGAGAACGACAACCGACCACUCUUCCACCAAUCUCAAGUUGUGUUCGAAGUGAAAUCGGACGCUCGGAGUGGUGAAGUUAUUGGUCAGCUGAAAGCGGUAGACAGGGAUCGAGGAGUGAACGGGAAGGUGGCGUAUUUGCCGAUUAAACAAAACCCACCUGGUGGAAACUUGUUUCAAAUAGAUUUAUAUUCUGGCGAAAUAUACACCGUUGCUGAUCUGCAGAAAUACUGCGCCAGAGAGACUACAUUCAAUGUUUCUGUCACUGAUUUGGGGAGUCCUCCACUGAAUGGAUCGGUUGAGGUCACGAUUAAAGUUAAGAAGGCGCAAAAGGUUGAAGACUUUUUUGGCAAGUUCAAUGCAAGAGUGUUUUAUGCUCGUGUCACAGAAAACAACGGAAUUAAUGAAGAAGCCUUGCGAAUAGAGUUUGAUGGCGAAGAUAACGACUUAUCGGGGUUAGUCUACGAGUUUUCAAUGGUCGAUGGAAGUUUUGAACCGAACGAAUGGAAUGAUGUUAUUGUCCUUGACCCACAAACAGGCAUGGUAACAAUGAAUGAAAUAGUAGAUCGAGAGGCAGUAGGAAGCUGGAUGAAGUUCGACGUAGCCUUGAAAUCAGUGUUUGAAGCAGAAGUUGUGCAUACUGACCUUGCACAUGUGAUCAUUAAAAUUGAAGAUGAAAACGACAACGCACCAUUACCUGUAGAAGUUAACGGAAAUAUAGUUGACCUUUCCGUGUCUGAGAACGCGGUUCCGGGAAGCAAAAUUGCAUCGGUGACGUUCACUGACAAAGACGAGGGCUUAAAUGGAGUUGUUUUGUACACACUAGAAAGCACAGCUGAGUUGCCAUUUGACGUAAUAAGUGACACAGGGGAGAUAUUUCUGACCAAACGACUAGACUAUGAAUCUGAAGACAGUUAUGACUUUGAACUACUUGCGUCAAACCCAGUGGCAAGUUCACAAACAAGCUCUGUGCGCGUUAGAGUCAACGUUGAAAAUGUGAAUGAUGAGUAUCCGCAGUUUACUCAGACGCAAAAUGUGUUCUUUGUUCCUGAGACGGCGUCUAUUAACACACUAAUAACACAAAUUCAGGCGACCGACAAGGAUUCGACUGAAAUUACUUUCUCAAUGCUAGUCCUCAGUCCGGUCUUGAAUGUUGCCUUUGAAUCUUUUGCCAUUGAUUCGAGCAGCGGAGCAAUCAGAACCUCAAAACAACUGCGUCCAAAUUACUUCCAAGAAAUCUACCAAAUUGAAGUUUUUGCAUGUGACCAGGACAGCUUAUGCUCGAGAAAAACAAUCGAAAUAAAUGUACAAGAAAAUUUAUUCGACUGUGAACCUGAAGUCAAGUUCACGUCAAAUGUUGUAAAGUACCUAUCGACUACUUCAACAGAAAACGUGCUGUUCAGAGUUGGAGCUUCCGUUGAAUCACGAAGCAUCAACCUUGCUUAUGAACUGUCAUCGAAUCAUCCAUUGACAAUCAAUUCGUUAACUGGAGACGUGUCAAUGCAAUCAGAAGCAAAUCGCGGAACAGCAGGAGACAGAUGGACGUUUGAUGUCACCGCAUUUGAUCCCCAGAAUACAUGCGUUGGUUCAAGUCAGCAAAUCGAAAUCUUCUGGAUGCUUGACUCGGAGUUGAAUUCGUUGAAUCUGCAGCUCUCUGGAAAUGGAAAGGUCGAUGAAAAUAGUGAAGACAGUUUUGGAGUUCUAUCUGUUCCAACAAUAACAAAUGACGAGCAUGCGCAAGCAAAUAUAAGGUUUUCUGUUAAUUCUAUUUGGUGUGAACAAACGGACCAAGAUAGAAUUUCUGAACUGGUUUUAAACUUGCCUCUCGAUUUGCUCAAAAUCGACCAGUUAACAGGUGUAGUGCAACCCUCAGUACCAAUAGACAGAGAACAGCUACAAUGCCCUGAUAUGGUUACGCAAUAUGAAGUUUACGCGAAUGGUCAGACUGGGUAUUUGGAAACUAGAUUGGAAGUUGUUAAUAUUAAUGAUGUGGCGCCUGUUUUUGACCACAACUCAGUAGUGGAGGUCAAAAUUCCCGAGAAUGCUGAAAUUGGCUCAAAUGUCUGGAGCUUCCGCUUUGUAGACGAAGAUUCGCCUGCUUCUAUUGCCUUAGUAUCUCAGAUUCCGGACCUAAGUUUGUUCACAUUGGAUCCAACUGGAGUGUUGAUGCUUGAAAAAGACUUAGACUUCGAAACAAUGCCAAGAAUAUACAAUUUGACCUUGAAAGUAAGUGACACCGAUUUCGACACAAUGGCAGUCGUGAUGAUCGAAAUAACCGAGGUGAACGAAUUUGCUCCGAGAUGCCUCAGGAUGAAUCAAGAAAUAGAAGUGGCUGACUUUCUCUUCCUCUCAGUGCCUGAAAAUUACCCGCAGUUGUCAUCAGUGGGGAAAAUAAAUGUCGAGGAUGAAGAUUUGAACCAAAAACUUUUCCUAUUCACACUUCUCAAUUCUAAAGAACCUUUCGAGAUAGAUCCAAAGAGUGGGCACAUACGCACUUCGAAGGUACUCGACGCAGAACAAACUCGAUUUUAUGGCCUCAGUGUUGAAAUCUGCGACCUUCCGAAUCCUCAAACAAUCCUCAAGUCAGAUAAUUCCUUGUGCAAUGUGUGCGAAGUUCUAAUUGAGGUAGAGAACGUUGAUGACAAUGAACCAGACUUUGAUGGCUCAAAUGGAAAGAUGCUCAUAGAAGCCUCUGUUGAAGAGAACAUGCCGGUGGGAACCUUCGUGGCAUGGAUCAAUAUGACGGACGCCGAUGUCGUUUUCGCCAGUGAAAACAACAACUUCUUGGCUCUUUAUGAUGAUGCAUUCUAUCUGGUUCCGCAGAUUGACCAAUUAGGAGUGUUUGGACUGCACACGAACCGGGUAUUUGAUCGAGAAGAUUUCGACCCCUGUUCACAAGCACCUCAAUUGAACAUCUUUGCACAUGCUAUCAGUCGCGAUUAUAGAUACUUAGUGGAACUGCGGAUUCUUGUUGAAAUCCGAGACCAAGAUGACAAAGCGCUCGAAGUUAUUGGUGUAAAUAACGUCAGUGUCUAUAAACAAAUGUCAUACAAUCUUCCAUUUUUCGCUCUGAAUUUUGCGGACGAGGAUUCCUCCGGGCAAUUCGGGGACAUGAACGUGACCUACGCUGCAGAUCAGUCAUUAAUCGAAGUGUCAUCAUGGCUCAUUGUGGAUCCUGCAAACGGGUGUUUGAGCUUGAAGGACCUUUUCGAAACUAUCAUUGCCGAGUUCCCAUUUAAAGCACGCAUCACACUUCGUGUUGAAAAGGGAGAACAGAUUGCAGAACAUCAAGUGUGGAUCAAUUUUGAAGAUUUUGAGACUAUUAGACCCAAAAUAUCUCAUCAAAGCCUCAAUGGCAUUGCUCUGGAACCUUGGAUAAUUCCGAAUUCAGAAAUAUUGAAUAUGAAGUCACAGCUUGCAAAUUCGAGUGACCAGCAGACAGUGAGUUUUGUGGCUGUGUUCAGAGGAGUCGACGCUAACGAAAUCUUUUAUUUAGACGCCUCGACUGGAGUUAUUUCUGUCAACUCUGAGCUAAACCGAGAAAUUUCACCUGGGUUCUAUCAUAUGUUUUGGUUCGCAUAUUCCGAGGAGCACCCUUCUCUGCAAUCAGAAGUUGGAGAUAUAGAGUUUGAGGUCUCGGUUGAUGCUUUCAAAGAUUGUGUUAAAUCGCCAAAAAAUGACGGAACUGUGCUUUUGGUGCCCGAAAAUUCCCCACCUGGAGAAAUGAGUCGUUUUAAGCUGUUUGAUGAAAAGUGCUCGAGUUUGAUUAACGUAAUUGAAACCCAAUUGAACGAUGAUUUUCACUCAACAUUCAGUGUACAGCUCGAUGAUGUGUUCCUUGCUGUGAUUUUGGAUAGAAAAAUUGACACGCUCCUGGAAACUGAAAUCGACCUGGAAGUACUAAUUCGUGCAAGAAAUGGUGACGGUGACCUGUUUGUGAGUUCUGAGAUCAUAGCUCGAGUACAAGUAGUUGACCGAAGUUUGCCUGCAUUGCGUAUACUGAGAAUUGGGCACCAGCCUGUGGUCUCUCGAAACUCCAAUUCAGACUCCAGUUUGCUGUCUCUCCCACAAAUUGACCACAGAGUCAAACUAGUGACUCCCUUGUACACUGCUGCUGGAACGGUUCUUGCUCAAGUGCAGACUAGCUAUGAUGACCGAAAACUCCCUACAGAUUCUAGUGUUGCCUUUUCCGUUUCUUCGUUGGAUGAGCAGCAGCUUCCAUUUACUAUCUGUGAGACGAGCGGAGAAAUAAUUGUGAUGUCUAAGUUAACGACUCAGACUGAAUACAAGGCUCAAGUGACAGCUUCGUCAGUGAGGAAUCACUCCGAGACACAUUCGGUACCAUUCACACUUCAGGCAGUCAGAAGUACACCUGAAGAAGAGGAUCCUUGCUUCUUGUCAAUUCAGAGAAACAGAGUAGUUCUUGCGGCCCCUCUGGAAGUUGGAACUUUCGUGUCGCAAGUAGUGUGCGAAGGAGGAACGUCUUUAGCAGACGUUGAGUGGACCAAUUUGGAAGGCAACAUCGUGGCUCUAGCUGCUCAGACUGGAUUUGUGACAAUCAACCUUCAUAUUACAGAUCUUGGAAUAUACCCUGUUCUCUUGUCAUAUGUAACUCAUGGCUUUUAUGGACCAUUCACAAUUGAACUGGAGAUAGAACUUAAACAAAUACCAGUUGUUGCAAGCCCACAGUUCGAAGCGCUGACCGCAUCUGUGUCAGAAGGAGAGGAAACGGAUCUUUUUUCUUUUGCUUCAGCUGAUAAUGACGUUGAAUAUCGAUUGUUGGGGUCAAGUUGUGGAAUUGAACACAUCGAAAUAAUGAACCUAGGUGAGGAGGUAUUAAUAAGAACGAAGGCAAGCUUGGAUUUUGAUGCUAGUUGUGAAUUAAUUGAGGACAUUUAUGUAAUGGCGACUGAUGAAAGUGGAAUAAGUCGAAUUUACGCGGUGACUGGUGCGAUCCAAGUUGUGAACAGAAAUGACCAUGUCCCAUCAUGUGGAGGCGUGGCAGCGUAUAUGUCACUUCUAGUUAACGAAAAUUUCCGAGGAAUUGUAUCAACAGAUCUCGCGAUCGAAGAUUUGGAUGAAAGUCCAUUCAAUCAAACGUCAACCAAGAUUUUCCCCGCUGAUCGGAACUCACGGGAUUUUCUGGAUGAAGGUCUCAUCUCUUUAAUUAAUAACAUGAUUACCUUGACUGCCAGUGAUGAAAACCCUUUGGAUCGAGAAAGUUUCCCGGACUCAUUUGAUACCGAAUAUAGCUUGAAAUAUAUUGUCCAAGUCACCGAUAUAGACAGUGAGCUGAAAUCGACCUGUUUGUUCGAGUUGCUGCUUUCUGAUGCUAACGAGUUUGUGCCAGAAUGCAGUAUCGGGAAUGACGAACACUUUCUUGAAAUUGCGGAGACAUCGCCCAUUGGCUCAAAACUUGGAAGAAUUGCAUGCAGAGAUCAGGACGCAUCGCAGUACCCUGUGAACAAGUUUAGUCUGCUCGAAGGAGGUCAAAAUUUUGAGAUAGAUGACAUUACAGGGGUGGUGAGAAGUAAGACACAGUUUGACUUCGAAGAUAACGACAGAUACCAGCUGAAUGUGUUGGUGCAAAAUGGACGCCUGGAAAGCAGUCUGCUAGUAGAAGUUGUAGUUACGGACGAGAACGAUGAAACGCCUAGAUUUGAAGAAUUGUCUACCCUAAUAGUUCAAGAAAACGAAGCAAUUGGAGUGGAUAUUGGUUCCAUCUCUGCAAGUGACGUUGAUGACUCUCCAGUCAAGUUCAAGUUCAUGCACCUGGAAGAUGAGAAGAUGUUUUCAAUCGACUCUACGUCUGGCAGAAUUAAGAUAAACGAUGACACAAUCUUUCGAUCAACUGUGCAGUCUGUCCAGUCGGGUUUGGAUUGCUCUGCAAUAGCUGUGGCUACUCAAGAACUGUUGUACCCUUAUGAAUACGAAGUGAAAAUUUUAGAUGUAUGUGUCAAGCAAGAGAACAGCCAUGUGCCACAGUUCAUUCAUCAAAGUAACGUCUUUAAAGUUCCUGAAAAUGCUGAAAGAGGAUAUGUCAUAACAGAACUACGAGCCGAGGAUGAAGACUUUGGCCCGAACGGAGAGCUAGUCUUUUACAUUGAGAAUGCCCAAUUAGACAUCUUCACAAUUGAAGGAACUGAGCUUCAAUUACUAGUGGAUUUGGAGACAAUCGCUCUAAACACAAAGAAUAUCGAAAUAGAAGUGAAAGUAAGCGACAGCGGAAUUCCUCAACUAUCAUUUUCCACUAUAUUUAGUGUAUAUAUUGUUUCUAAAAACACGUUCUCCAUUCGAUUCUCCCAUGAAAAUUAUACAGCAUCAAUUGAGGAGAACUUGCUCCCGGGGACCCUGAUUGCAUUGUGUCGAGCAAAUAUCUAUGACAAUUCAGCUGUAGUAACCGAUGAAAAGAAUAUAGUUUACAGCAUUACAAUAACCGAACCAGAGGCAGUUGGAGAAAAAAUAGAAAUGGAAUAUUUAACAGGCAGAAUAGUUGCAACAGAUUUGGUCAUUGACUACGAAGAUGUGAAGAUUUUUACUAUUCACAUUCAAGCCACCGAUAAUUUGACAUCAGUGGGCACGCUGACAGCAAAUGCAGAAGUAGUAGUAACAGUAAUUGACAUAAAUGAUAAUGUACCGACUUUUUUCAACCCCUCUGGGCUUACAAAUGAAGUUCUAGUACCAAGAAUAACCGUUCUUAUUGCAGAAAGUAACGAAGAAAAUAGACCGAUAUUAAAUUUAUCUGAUUAUAUCAGAGAUCAGGAUGCGAGUUUUCAGCAAAGCUACAACUUCGAAAUCAUCACCGGAACCGAUUUAUUCUUUAUUGACAAUACAUCAUAUAGUGUUCUGAAAACGAAUAGAAUUCUGAGUUGCGCUCAUUUUGACUACGAAGGCGACGGUGGAAUCCGAAUAAGAGUAACAGAUGAAACUAAUGAAGAACACUUUUCGGAAGCCAUUUUCGAAAUAAUAGUUGUCGAUAGUUUGAACAAUAUGGCUCCCCAGUUUCAAUCGGAGAGUUACACUUGGCCAGCAAAAGAAAGUGCUCUGGUAGAAACUGAAAUUGGUAAGCUGGUUGCUACUGAUGGAGAUUGCGCUGAAGUGCCGCCAUAUGUUACGAGGCUGCAAAAAUACUACAGGAACAAUCCAAUCUCAGCUGAAUUGCAAACAAUACAUUUUGUCAACUCGCUGAAAUAUUUCCUGAUUCCUUCUUUGUCGGCCGAAACUAAUUCAAGAAUUACAACUUUUCUCGAGUUUUUCAAUCUGGAUGAAGAAACAGGAGAACUGACGCUCCAGCAGAGUCUUAAUUACGAAAACGAGACAGUCUUCGACUCAAAAGUACUAGCUGUUGAUGCGCCCCGUCCAAGAAAAAUAGCAUCUGUACCUUUGAGAAUUGUGGUUAUCGACGAGAACGAAGCUCCAUCUUUCCAUCAAGAGCUUUACAGUGCAACUCUGAGUGAAACGGAGUCUAUUGGAAUUGAGAUACUCCGGGUCUCAGCGUUCGACCGGGACAAGUCGCUGGAUUUCUCGAACUUUGUCUUCACAUUAAAGCAACCUAAUUCGGGUGUUUUCACAAUCGGAGAACAAACUGGAGUUGUUACUAAUUUGAUUCCUCUAGACAGAGAAACUCUGGGAGACGUCCUGACGUUUGAAGUCAUUGUAGCAGAUUCAGUUGACAAUCAAAUCAAUGACGUCGCUAAUCUUACCGUGCUAAUUAGAGAUGUGAACGAUAAUGCGCCUGUUUUAAGCGGAGAAUUAGCAGAAAACCGAAAGCUUGAAGUAAAUGAAAACGCUCCAAUAGGGACACUUAUAUUAGUUUUGGAUGCAAUAGUUGACCUAGAUAGUCCGGAGAACGGAGCUCCUUUUACAAUUGAUGUUACUGGAUUGCCGGCGAGAGAUUACAUCGAAGUAGUCGGCAAUGAGCUAAGAACCAAAGAGAAUUUUGAUCAUGAGCUGACUCCAUUUGUCGAAAUCCCAGUUAGCAUAACAGAUAAUGGGACCCCUGAAAAAUCUAGCUUGGUUAAGUUUCAUUUAGAGGUCAAAGAUGUUAAUGACAAUCCCUCAUUUGCUAAAUCUUGGAAUGUGAAUCUAUUCUCAUUCAACUUCUUGCCAAAUCUGCACAUUGGAUUUCUCUAUCCCGAUGACGUGGACAAUACUAGCAAUCAAUUCUCUUGCUCUGAAGCCAAAAGCUUGAGCAUGAAUGAACUGUUAGAAGUUUCUGAAAAAUGUGCGCUUCUCUGGAAGUCCAAUGCGCAGUCUAGCCUUGGUGAGAUUUCUAUCAUUCAAUACAAAAGUAACGAUGGUCAGCACGCUGACGUGAUAAACAGUGUCACAAUCAAUGUUAACAAGAUGAACGCGAGAACAGAAAUUAUUGCAAACAGUUUGUUUGUUCGCAUCGAAGACCUUACAACUGACCAGUUUCUGGAAUCGGAGUUGCAGAACUUGGUGACAGUUUUGCAUGACUUGUUAAAUGAAAGUUACCUUGUCAUAAACAUUUGGGAGGUUAAAACUCCAGACCCGUCGAUGCUACUUUUGCUCUCGCCAGAAACGUUGAGUGAUUCUGACACGGGUGUCAGAAACAGAAUCAAUGAAGUUCGAAUAUUGUCCGGACUCAAAAUCAGUCGUAUAACGACUAGUGCGUGUGAAGCUCUUGCAAUCUCUGAGUGUAUUAACGAAACAGACAGUUGCAAUCAAGAGAUAACAUUUCCUACUUCGGCAUCUGAAAGAAGUGUGUUCAGGAGCGACUCAGUAAUUCUAAACACGGUCAAAGUAGAACUGAAGUUAACAUGUGAACCUGAAGAUGAUUCGAGGAGUCACUGUGUGGAUAAUGAAAACGGAAGAAUUCUGAUUUGUUUCAACUAUGGUAAAUGUUCAACGAGCGAAAGCGGUCAAUUAAGUUGCGAUUGCAGUGAAGAAUUCACUGGCCAGUCAUGUGAAAUCGAAAACGACUUGGACAUGCGACAAUGUCACAAAGAAGGCACUGUAGAAUUGUGCCAAACUGAUGCGGGCUCUUUUUGUGUGGAGGGAAACACUAUUGAUGAUUAUGAAUGCAUCUGCAACUUCCCAUACUCAGGGACCACGUGCCAACAAAUGAUGGACAUUUGCUCGGAUGCUAGGAACCCUUGUAAAAACGGAGCUCAAUGCAAAGCAGACACCGAAAACGAUCAAAGCUUCCGAUGCUUUUGUCCUUCCGGAUAUUUUGGAGUUCUGUGCGAGAAGGCUUCUGUUGGUUUCGGACCUUCCAGCUCUAUUCAAAUGUCAUCUGUUGUAUACUGGGAACAGUAUCGACAAAAUGACGAAUUAGAGAAUGCACAAUUGAAAAUUGUCAUCGGCUUUUCAACUUUGCAGAAGAAUGCUCUGGUUCUUAUCGACUACGAGCCAGGUCUACAAAAUAUUGGCCAAACUUUAACAAGUGGUCAGUUUUUCUUGGAACUGAGAGAAGGACUUCCAAGACUUGUGGUAGUAAGUCAUCCCAAUGAAAGUUCUUUCUCUGACGACGGAGAGGGUGAAAAAUUGCUGGAAUUGUCAAAUGAUGUAUACUGCGCAGAUGCAGUUUUCCACGAAGUAACAAUUACUUUCACACAUACCGCUGUAGCAAUGCAAACGGACGACUGUGACACAUGCGAACAAAUGCAUACACGAAACUCAACUUUGGUCAAUAAAUUAUCAAGUGGGUCAUUUUUUUUCAUCGGAGGACUGGAUCACCUCGAAAGAAAUGGUAUCACAGCCUAUCCACCCGUGUGGCCAUACAGUGAACUGGCAGCUGCAAGUUUUGAAGGCUGCAUUUCAAAAUUGGCAAUCAAUUCGGAGCGCAAAAAUCUGCUGAGCUACAAAACAGAUACUAGUAACGUAGAUGGUGAUUGCCAUCGGAAACAGGUUACAUUCUGUGAGGCUGAGUCGUGUUCGGGAGACUCAACCUGUGAGGAAGAUUGGAAGAGUGACUUCAUCUGCCUCUGUUCAGACUACCACAGUGGCCCCACAUGUGAAAGAGGCGUUGAGUCUUUAGCCAUAAGUGAGACUUCAAACUAUGUGCUGCGUUUGAAUUCUGUGGCCGUUUCGAACUUAGCUCUCAGUUCCAACCUAGACAACAAUGAGGACUCAAUUGGGAGAUUUAGAAGAUCGUUGACCUCUGAGUUAGGGAAUAGUGAUCCUGAGACAGUGACACUAAGGAUUUCCUUCACACAAUUGGACUCCAACUGGCGCACAAUCAUGAGUUACAACUUCACGAAUGACUUUGAAGAGUUCCGCUUGCAGGUGUCGGUUGCAGCAUUUUUGAUAAGCAUUGGAAGCAGUUCUUGGGAAGUUUCUGUCCCUGAAGACGGGUUGCUAUCGGGGAUAUUCUACAACAUUGAGUUGACCAGAAAUGAGCUGAGGUUGAAUGGCUUCACUUUGUCCUCAAACGACCGGUGGGAAAACAGGCGAAGAAUCCUGUCAUCUUAUUUGGACGCACUCGUGUUUGGUGGCUUAGAGCAAGGGUUUCAAGGGUGUCUGCUGUCGGCAAAAAUCAACAAUGAGAGGCUUCUGCAGCCUAAUCUAUCGUCAAAACUAGAAGACAUCUUCACAACGGUUAUCGUAUCGUCAACAGCGACGCAAUCGAAUGUCAUAUUCUGCGAUAGAAGCCGUUUAUGCACUAAUUCCUCAUGUCCUGCGUCCUUGUCUUGCAUAUCGUUGGUGGACCGAUUUGAGUGCCUGGACCCAACUGCUUGCGCGAAUAACGAGUGCCAACACGGCACCUCCUGUAUACCAGACGGAAACUUUCCUUCCAACUUGUACGAGUGUGACUGUCGGCUGAACUUCGAAGGACGAUUUUGUGAGCAUAGUUUGUACUGUGAUGACCAUGCAAACCAGUGCGCAAGUGAUGAAAAAUGUGUGCCAAAUUUAGGCCCAGAACAGCCUGCUUAUGAGUGCGUUUCGACUAACGAUGAAAUUAGUUGGUUUGUGUGGUUGAUGCUGGCUGGAGGAUUAGUGAUUUUACUCACACUAAUCUUAGCGGUUAUAAUAGUCUGUCUUUGUAGACUAAGAACGCAUGAGGUCUCUAAGAGCGAGAGUAAAGUAGGUGUGGUGAUGUUUGAUAACAAUUCUUCACCGACUCCUAUCAAGACAGCUAAUCCAGUUGCACCUGACUUACUGGCACAUGUGCCAGAUAGAUUCAUCAACGAUAAUUUCACCCUGGUAGCACCAGGAAUUGAAGUCGAAGAAAAUGUAGAUGACACGAUGUUAACGAGCACUGAUUACAAGCGACCGGAGUAUAGCCAUUUCAUGAUUGAUAGCAGAUAUGCAAGGAAUGCACUUCCUUUCCCUGGCAGUUCAAUGGCGUUCGGAGGUUUUAACCAGCAGAGUGAGAUGAGAAGUAUAGCUGAGCGUGAUGUAAUGCCGACAGUCGAGGAGCUGGAAGAAAGCCGGACGCGGGAUCGGAUGAGGUCGAAAAGUAGCUCAACCACGCACCAUACUUUCCAGCACAAUCAUGAUGCGCAAAAUAAUACAACGUAUGCAGAGUCUUCAGUGACUGACUUGGAAAAUUACGACAGUAUGGGAGGAUACUCCACUCCUGGUAAAAUGCGCAAGAACUCAAAUCUCAACUUGACCCCCUACAUUAUACAGUCUCAGAAAGAACAACGCGUGCGUGCUUUAAAGCGCAAUCACAACAAAUCAGGCAGUCUACCCGACUAUUCCGAUCACAGUGAUUUGUACCGACGAUUCAAUAAUUCUUUGAACCCGCAUUUCAUACCAAAAUAUGUCGAUAAUGUUGAGUUCGGAGGUCAGUUUGAACUUACGGAACCUACGGUAUCAGUAAUUACUGAACGUCUUUCCCCUAACAUACCUGCGCCCAUUCAAGAAGACCAGAGUGGCUUUCCCCCUAAUGAAGAUGACUUCUCAACUCGCUCGUAUUAUCAGUCAUCGAUACGUCCGCCAAGCGAAAUCUACGACUUAUCAAACUCUGAAUCUGAGGAUCUUGGUGCCCAAAUUCAGAACUCAAAGCUACCCAGGCUGCACUUCGAACCCAUUUCCAGUGACCCCAACAUAAACAGUCCAGACCACGUGAGGGGAGGUGCCGGUGAUCUUCACCUUCAAUUAGAGUCUGGUCUCAAUCCCAAUAUGUUAUGUAUCCCCCCACCCCCAGAUACGGACUAUGAAGAAAACGAAUCUGUAAAUAGUCAUCAUCGACGUAGUGGUGGGAGCAUUGCACAUUCUGCACUUAGUAUUAAUUCGCCGACAAGCUUGCACUCUCGUCCAGAAUCUAAUCCGGAAAAGUUUUUCCAACAAGGAAACUUCAACUCUUUUUUUAAAGGAAUGAUAAAUUUUGAGGCCUUAGCCCCAGUGUUCCAAGACUUGGCAGAUCUGCCUAACAUUCCGGACUUAUAUGAAAAUGAAGACGAUGACUUUACUCAGUCUACUUCGCAGUUUGUACCAUAGCUGUAAAUUGUAAAUACUGGCUAUUUUAAUAAUUGUUAGAGGUUAUUUUGCACCAUAGAUUAAAAUUUAAAGGU